GGGCACGGCAUUCAACGAAGCUGCUGUCAACGCUCGAGUAAACAAAGACUUUUUUGCCGCCGAGUAUGAUCUUGAGGAGCUUCGCGCUACUUCUUCCUUGGUCACGACACCUACUCGCCAGGUCUAUACACCUCUUACCGUCGCUGCUGGCACCACAGACGACUUUCACGUAGAUGGCCAGCCGGAGGACCUCGAAGAGGAUGCCUAGGAGCACCAUUUGACUACCUCCACUACUGCCACUAUUGCGUCUUCUUCCGACUCUGCCGGUGAUGUCGUGACCACCCCCCCUCGUGGAACUCCUGCUGCCAGUUCUGUGGCGAUUGCAUCUCAGAGUGGCUUCGCCCGUCUUGAUGCCGCUCUUCAAGGUAACGCACCAUUUGCUUGUUGUAUUAAAUUUCUUUACUAACGUUGUGCUCCCUCAAGACGAUUGCCCCUCUGACAUCUAUUCCGAUGACAACGCUGGCGCUCCUCCCAAGACCCUCUUGGAGUUGGAGACUGUCCACCCGGACAACAGCAAGAUCGCAAAGGUCACACGCACUGCUCUUGCCUUCCUCUCCCAAGCGGAUGUGGGUCACAUCAUUGAAGCCCAGGCCCAGAGUUCCAGCCAGUCAAUCUCCUCUCGAGAGGCAGAACAUGGGACCCCUUUGAAGGACUUGGCUACUCGCCAUGUCGAAGAUGUCAACAUUGGAGUUGCAUCCCCAGCACCAACUUCCCACCUCCACCACGAUGGAGAUGAUGAGGACCUUAUUUCUUUUGAUGGGGAUCCCUCUCCUGCCGGCCUUAUCUCGGCUACUACUGAGGAUGUUUUCCCUCCUAAAAGCACUGUCGCUAAGGAGGUAGAAGAGGUCGAGAAUGGCACUGUCGCGCUCGAUGUCUACCCUACCACCAACCACUCUGUUGAGUCUGAGGCCGAGCUUCUGGUACAGACCGCCGAAGGUGUCCCCUUCUCCCCCAAGGGGACUACUUCGGCUCCCGAUGAUGAGUUCACUAUCUAUGCUGAGGCACAGUCCGCAGCUAGGUCCAUCACCGGUGACGACACAGUUACAACUGCAAACAGUGUUCAUAAGAAUGACAAGGUUGUCAAGUGCUUUAAAUGUGCCAAUGACUGUGCUGAUACUGUCAUCACAUGCGCUUGCAAUCAUCAGUAUUGUUCUGACUGUUUCAAUGACCUAGUCAAGGCUUCAAUCCACGGGUCGACUCCUUUCCCUCCUGUCUGUUGCGAACUGCCAAUCCCCGUUAACAUCAACUCUUCUGUUUUCGAUAAGAAGACUUCGUACGAUUUCCUGUCGAGGAAAUUCGAGGCGUCUGAUGUGGGUGAAAAGGGUGACGUCGGUGAACGGGGUGACAAGCCGCUUCCCUCUCUUCCCUCUCUUCCCCCUCUUCCCCCGCUUUCGGCCGAGGAGAAAUCGGAGUACUCUUUCAGCGGAUUUGGGUCAUCUCAAGGAAGCGAGAAUGAGAAUAAGUGUCAUUUGUGUGAUAAAGCCAUUGAAAAGGGCUGUUAUUGCCCUGACUGUUGCUACCAAUGCAACAGUAGCAGAGCAAACUGUAAAUGCCAGUGGUGGGAUGCCCGCCAGCGCCGUGAAAAGGGUGAAGCUAUCCAAAAGGCGUCAUCCUUUCAGACUGCUCGACCUAACGUUGCGCCCUUCCGAGGACAACGAAAGCAGUUUGAGGGGAUAUUCCAGCGAUACAAUGCAACACCUCGUGCCGAGACUCAGAAUGGGGCUUGCCAGCACCCUUUGAUGAGGGAAGUGAAGAUGUCGGGUCGAUGCUUUGACUGCCUGCACAUCCUGCCUGCGUUCCUGUGGCAAUGCACACGCUGCAAGUAUUCGGUUUGCAAACAGUGUGGCAAGAAGCGGGGAAUAUUCCUCCGUUGAUGGUUCUCUAUUGAUGGUUCUCCGUCGAUGUUGGAAAGGUUGUGGGGAUGUAUUGAUGAGUUGGUGGAAAUGGUGGGGUAUGUGAUGUUGUGACGAUGAUGGUGAUGAUGAUGUGCUGGUGUCGAGAAGCAGUCGUGAUGAUAGCGGAAGAAAUUGGUAACGAUGAAGGAGGGUGGUCCAGUGUACUCUGUCCUUGCCAAGAGUAGAUAUCGUAGUCUGUAAGAUAGAGA